ACCCAGUCUCGAAAUGCUGAACAUCUUCGUAAAUCGUUUAUGGUUGUUGACAUUUUGCACGAAGACUCAAAAACCUUGCUUUUCAAAUCUCGGGAACAGAAUCGGUCUCAGGUGAAACAACAUAUGGUCUGUGAAUGCGAUAACGAGUUCCAGCAGUCUGACCAUAUCCCUUCAAUGGCUAUGGACGAUUGUGAUACUCGCACUUUCACAGAAUUGGCUCACUUCUGUGCAGAGAAGAUAACCGAUGUGAGCACUGUCUCACCUGGUACGGAGUCAUGGACAGCCAGACCGACGGAAAGUAGCCAACCACAGAUUUUGCGCAGUAUCCCGGAAAACCGUGAUAAUUCACCCUCGGAAAGUCGCUCUAAGCCAUCUGAAUCGCACCAGAAAAACUGUUCAACGAAAUCCCACUUCGAAUCUCCGUGCGGUCUUUCUGUCGGGUCUAAGGGAAAGAAGAACAGGAAAGCACGCACAGCGUUUACCGAUCAGCAGCUAAGUGAACUGGAACACAGUUUCGACAGGCAAAAAUAUCUGGCGGUCCAGGACCGAAUGGAACUCGCUGCGCGCCUCGGGCUGUCCGAUAUGCAGGUGAAGACUUGGUACCAGAAUCGCAGGACGAAAUGGAAGCGGCAAACGGCCGUUGGUUUGGAAUUACUCGCCGAGGCCGACAACUUUAUGGCAGUGCAGCGAUUGCUUCAGCAGAGUCCCUACUGGAUGUGCCACCCUAAUGCUCAUUGUCUGCUCAGCAAAACCGACGCGUUCGCUGCAGAGUUGACCGGCGACAAUCUGAAUGACGUUCCUCCCCGUGACUCUCUCUGUGCUGCAGAAAUAUCUCCAAAUGAAUCUACGGAGAUGCACCCGAAAGGGACGAAAACAAUCGCUUCGGGUCACGGAAAACAUAGUGACACUGUAAAUACAUUCGUAAAACAAUGCUCUACAAACAAACCUUGUGUGAAGAUCAGUGCAGCAAACCAGUUCCUUCCGCCAGCCUUUACCCCAAGUUGCUCCCCGUCAUUGUUCACCGAAUCAGACAGUAUACAAUCACAACAGCCCAAUAACAAGACCAAUGCACAACUGUUUCCCAAUACGCCCCCAGAACUCUUACAAAAGACAUACAAACAGAACUCGAACACUUUGGACUUGCCAACCGAUCUUUUGUGGCUCUCAUACUACAUGUCCUUCAGUACCAAACCAGAUCCUAUAACCAGUAACACGGUUGCUAAAUAUUCUUCGAACACCCACGAUCGGUUUUUCCCCUCUUGGGACUCAUCAAGUAAGCGAAUUACCCGAGUUUCCAUCAACCUUAUGCCCCGCUUGAAACCAGAUUGCACGAAAUUAGCGAAGUACACUCAAUUGGAAACAAAGUUGUUUUUUUUUCGAGAGAAUCAUCUUGAACCCAGCUGA